CUUGGCUUUGCCAACUUCUCCCGAAGGUUCAUCGACGGCUACUUCAAGCUCAUCGCUCCGCUGGCAAUAAGCCCCGAAAGAAUGCCAUCUUUGACGGAACACCCAUGUGCCGAGCAGCGUUUGACUCUCAAGAAAACCUCCAUGUUUGCCCCUGUGCUCCUGCAUUUUGGUCCCUAGUCCCCGCCUUCGGCCCCAGUCCAAUGUUUCAGGCGUAGCCUUGGUCGGUGUCCUCAGCCAGCUGCAUGAGGUUCGACGCGGGCAUCGUCUCGCCUUCUACGCUUGAAGUUUCAAAGCAGCAGAGCCAGCUACUCAACGCCCGACACCGAGCUUUUACCGAUUGUCGACUGCACCCUCAUUUGGCGGAGGUAUGUCGAUUCGGUUGAGAUGCAUGACGUCUAUAUCGACCAUCGGUACCUAGCAAUGCUUAAGUCCCCGAAGGUGCUCCCUUGCUAUGAGCAUUGCUUGCGCGAGCAGGUCAUGCCGUUUCAACUCGCCAUCCUUUACCGGCCUCGCAAGGACAGCACCCAAUCCGAUGCAAUGUUUCACCGCUUCGAUCUCGUAGAAGGAGGGCAAGCAUCGCAAACACCACCAGCGGUGUUGCUCGAACCUAUCAGCUCUGCCAUCCGACACUUUCUUCAGUAUCACCUCGUCUUCUACGCUCUCUGAACUAUUAAGGCUCGAAGGAGGUCUGCUCUAAUUCGGGUAUAUUAUCUACAUUCUUUCAGCUGCGUGUCCAAAACUUCUGCACCUGGCAAAUAACCUUCCGCUCGCUGGUCACUAGGGAGGGCAUCGUACCACUUCUCGGUCCACUCGGAACCACUGGUGGUCAAUCCUUUGGAGCG